UCUCUCAGCCCAUAUCCAUCUUAUGUUAAUCCACCUCUACUCUCUGUCUCUCUCUCUCUCUCUCUCAAGAGUGAGCAAAGGGUCACUUUCCUAACCAGAAAGACCCCUGCUUUCUCUGGAACACUUCUUAUAUGUGGAACAGUAGCCGUGCUUCGCACUUUCUCUCAUCAAUGUUCACAUUGUAGAGAAACGUAUCUGGUUUGGUGGGUUUUGUUCACUCUACUAUACUUACUACUGGCAUGAAAAGAGAGCCGGAGCUUGGGUCCUUGGGAAUGGACAAUAUGGGUUGAAUUCAGCAGCUUGAAGGAGGGGAGUGGAGAGGUUGCUUGUUUCCUGGGAAUUUAAUUUCCCUUUGACUACAGUUUCUUUGGAUAUGGGGAGAAUUUAUUGGGCGCAUUUAGUGGUGGCGCUUUGCUUGGGGAUGUUUGUGAGCAGUUUGUGUCAGGAUGAUUCAGAUACAGAUUUCUCAGCCGUGUAUAUUGUCACUUUGAGGCAAGCUCCUGCUGCUCAUCACUUUGGCGAGUUGACUACGGACAGGGCUGGUUUCAAAAAUCGUUCUCCUGGAAGAAAAUAUCGGAGUUAUAGAUCCAAUAUUGCUCGAGCUCAAGAUUCAUUAUUGAGGCGGGCACUAAGGGGGGAGCAAUAUCUCAAGCUGUACAGCUACCACUACUUGAUUAAUGGAUUCGCUGUAUUCAUUACCCCACUGCAGGCAGAGAAGCUUUCAAAGAGAAGAGAAGUGGCGAAUGUGGUUUUGGAUUUCUCUGUCAGAACUGCAACCAGUCAUACUCCACAGUUCUUGGGCCUACCAGAUGGGGCAUGGAUUGAAGUUGGUGGUUUUGAAUCUGCUGGAGAAGGAAUCAUAAUAGGGUUUGUCGAUACCGGCAUUGAUCCAAAACACCCCAGUUUUGCUGAUGACAUUUCUAAAUAUCCGUUUCCAGUUCCAGCUCACUUUUCUGGCAUCUGUGAGGUUACUCAGGACUUUCCAUCUGGUUCAUGCAAUAGGAAGCUUAUUGGGGCCCGCCAUUUUGCAGCAUCAGCCAUUACCAGAGGAAUUUUUAAUGCAACUCAGGACUAUGCCUCACCAUCUGAUGGUGAUGGCCAUGGCACGCACACAGCUUCUGUUGCUGCAGGAAACCAUGAGAUUCCUGUUGUAGUUGCUGGGCAUCACUUUGGAAAUGCGAGUGGGAUGGCUCCUCAUUCACACAUUGCUGUUUACAAGGCAUUGUACAAGAGCUUUGGAGGCUUUGCUGCAGAUGUAGUCGCUGCCAUAGACCAGGCAGCUCAGGAUGGGGUUGGCAUAAUCAACUUAGCGAUCACCCCCAAUCGGCGUCCUCCUGGUAUUGCAACUUUUUUUAACCCCAUAGACAUGGCUUUGCUGUCUGCUGUAAAGGCUGGUAUUUUUGUAGUGCACGCUGCAGGCAAUACCGGACCAUCACCUAAGAGCAUGUCUUCCUUCAGUCCUUGGAUCUUUACUGUUGGUGCUGCAUCACAUGACAGAACCUAUAGUAACUCCAUAAUCCUUGGCAACAAUUUAACCAUUCCUGGAGUUGGGCUUGCACCGGGAACAGAUACAAUAUAUGCACUGAUAUCUGCAAUUCAUGCUUUAAACAAUGAGACAACGGUUGCCAAUGAUAUGUACGUGGGUGAAUGCCAAGACUCAAGUAGCUUUAAUCUCAAUCUUGUCCAAGGGAACCUCUUGAUCUGUAGCUAUUCAAUACGAUUUGUGCUUGGGCUCUCAACUAUCAAACAGGCCUUACAAACAGCCGAAAACCUUAGUGCAGCUGGUGUUGUGUUCUAUAUGGAUCCUUUAGUAAAAGGUUUUCAGCUUAAUCCAGUUCCAUUGGGAAUGCCUAGCAUCAUAAUCCCUUCCCCAAAUGAUUCCAAGAUUUUACUCCAGUACUAUAAUUCUUCUUUGGAGAGAGAUGAGCUUACAAAAGAAAUUAUUAAAUAUGGGGCAGUUGCAACCAUCUGUGGUGGACUACAAGCAAACUACAGUAAUUCUGCUCCGAAGGUUAUGUAUUACUCUGCGAGAGGACCAGAUCCAGAAGACAAUGUUCUUGAUGACGCUGACAUAAUGAAACCCAACUUGGUAGCUCCUGGAAAUUUUAUAUGGGCUGCUUGGAGUUCUCUUGGAACUGACUCAGUUGAAUUUCAAGGCGAGAACUUUGCAAUGAUGUCUGGAACAAGCAUGGCUGCUCCACAUGUUGCUGGUCUGGCAGCACUUAUUAAGCAGAAGUUCCCUAGUUUCAGUCCUUCAGCCAUUGCAUCUGCCCUUUCCACCAUUGCUUCCCUAUAUGACAAGACUGGUAGACCAAUAAUGGCUCAGCGUGCCUAUGCCAACCCAGAUUUGAAUCAGUCUCCGGCAACACCCUUUGACAUGGGAAGUGGUUUUGUGAAUGCAACUGCAGCAAUGGAUCCUGGCUUAAUUCUUUAUUCCAGUUAUGAUGACUAUGUGUUGUUUCUUUGUGGUAUUAAUGGAUCUGCUCCUGUGGUUUUGAGUUACACUGGUCAGAACUGUUGGGAUUAUAACUCUACCAUCAGUGGUUCUGACUUGAACUUGCCUUCAAUUGUGAUAGCAAAACUAAACCAGUCUAAAACAAUACAAAGAUCAAUGAUCAAUAUCGCUGGCAAUGAGACAUACAGUGUUGGUUGGAGUUCUCCUUUUGGGGUGUCUGUAAAGGUGGUUCCAACCCACUUCUCUAUCGCAAGUGGGGAGACACAGGUCUUGACUGUAUACUUCAAUGCAACUAUGAACAAUUCUGUUGCCAGCUUUGGGAGAAUCGGACUUUUUGGAAAUCAUGGUCAUAUUGUCAACAUUCCUUUAUCAGUAAUCGUUAAAAUCUCAUAUAACAUUACUAAUAGCUGAGGACUGUCAAGUGUGAAGUGUUCUCUCUUUUAGCUUUG